AUGUCUGAACGACGAAAAUUAGUAAUAGUUGGGGGUUCUCUAACUGGGCUGACAAUCGCGAACCUUUGUCAGAACGAAUGCGAUGUCAUCCUAUUGGAGCAGAACGAUGCGCUCUACUCAGGAAAGCACAACGGCGGAUUUUCUCUUGGACGUUGGGGCCGAAAGAUAUUCGAAGAAUACAUCCCUGCGCCUGAUUUACUUGAACGCUCUAUACGCAGUGAACAGCUCUUGAUAUUUUCCCCAGAUAACGAUGAGACGGUGCCUGUGCCAGAAGAGCAUCGUGUUAUAAUGACUACUUGGCUCGAUGUGUACCAGGUACUACUGCGAGAUGUUGUUGUAGAGUCCGAGAAAAGCUGGAAAACAGCGAGCGAGGCACGCCCAACGCUCCGCGUAGGCGCGAAUGUGGAAAACGCACAAUAUAAAGAUGGCAAAUGGACUAUCAUAUACCACUCGACAGUCACCAAUCGUGUCGAGACAGAGACAGCUGACAUGCUCGUCGCCGCAGACGGUGCCCAAUCCACCAUACGAAGGCUCACGUCACCGGGUGUAGUGCCCAACUACGAGCAGGUCGUGGCAUGGCGCGGCCGAGUGCCAGCCGAUGUUUCUGUCGAUGAAGAAAAGGAGAUUGAUGAACGAAUCAAGAAAGGCCUGCUUGUCUGGUACAAGAUGCACGGGUCUCAAUAUAUCAUCCUGUGUGUUUUCUGCCUCAGUCCUUUCGAUACUUGUGUUCUGACUGCUAUCAGGUAUGGUGUGCCAGGCUUUGGCAAUGCCGAUGACAACAACGGUACAGUGAUCGAAUGGUGUUGGUAUCAUCCGUACGAGCAGGAUGCCGACCGAGACCUUGAGAAUGUCAUGACUACGUUCGUAGACCGAGGGCGACAUGUCAAAGGACGUGCAGAGAAAUGGAGGGAUUAUCUUGACGCCGCCAAAAACAGCUUUCCAAAAUCCAUCUGGGAGAUGCUCUCAAAGUGUGAUACACCUUGGAUUACCAAAGUGAUUGCUACCCCUCUGACCAUGAGACCGAUCUCCAUCGAUGAGCUUGAUGAAAGCACCGACGACGAAGAGACCGAUGAAGAAAGUUGGGAUCAGGGUGGCGACACAUCCGCUUCGUCACCACAAUUAAAAAGGCUUUGGUUCGCCGGUGAAGCCUAUGCUCCACUCCCGCCUUUCCUGGGUUCGACCUUUGAGCCUGGUGCUGAGCAUGCUGUGGCCAUCCUAAACCUCAUUCAAGGUAAGAGCGAUGAGAGAGAACUUCGGAGCUGGCAAAGUGGGGGUACGGCACAGAGGCUAUGGUCGAGUAAAAUGGCUGGCUGGGAAGGGAUGGGUCUGCCAAACACCGAGACCUGA